AUGCAGCUAAAUGCACUGCUGUGUGACAGCAGUCAAGAAACGCUGCAGAGCAGCAGCCGCAGUACUCUGAAGAAGAAGCCGUGCUCGCACCAACGCAUUGCCUUUUUGCUACUGCUGACAAGUUGCAUGUCCGGAACCUUCGUUUGUGCUAUUUCAGGAGGGCAACAGACUUUUGAGGAAACCAGUUUAAAUAUCUGGUCACAGAACCAGCAGCAGGAGAAAGGGGGACUGCCACAGCUUCAACAACAAAAACAGCAACAGCUGCAGUGGUCGUGCGCUGCUACCCCGUGGGUGGUUCUCAGUGGAGGCGAAACGACGUCACGAAGAGUACCUGUUUCAGAGGGAGCAUACUUUGUACCAAAUGCGACAGUGAGUCUGACAGGCCCAACAGAGCACGGAGGGGACUGCAAGGCGCGCCAGCCUGUGGAAGCGGCAGCCGCACCUGCUGCUUCGGACACACAAGAAGAAGAGGCUAUACCUCAAAGUGGGGGCAGACUGACACGUUCUUCACAAGAUGCAGUCGUCACCACGACUGGCGUCGUCACGUUCUAUACGGAGCAGCUGCACGAGCAGCACGAGCGGCAGGAGCAAACACUGCAACAGCAGCAGGUUCAAACUCCGCAAACGAACAGCGAGGCUCCAGGUUUCUUCUCUAGAUUUAAAGGGCUGGAAGGUACUGCUGAUGCUAACGCUAUUGUUGCCUGGGGGAAGGGGCUCAAUGCAACGCAUAACACAGGACCAUUUAAGUCAAAGCCCUCGCGGCAAAAGCAACACCUGCAAAGACUACAGCACUCUUUGCUAUUUCCCUCGCCAUAUAGCUUCGCGGCCUCCACUUCUAGCGAGCAUUCCCGCUACAUUUUAGCCGAUGCAGCUACGGAGGCAGCAUCAGAAGGCACAGAAGCACCACCACGUCGUGAGGGGCACGAAGGAGCAGAGGUAAUGUUGUCUGCGAAGCUACAACAAAGGCGGCACAAUCUUCAUGGACUUGUGCCUACUGCUGCGUGCAGCUGGGGCCUAUCUGCCAUGUGGCUUAUUCAGUGGUGCUACUCUUUACGCACAUCUAUCGUACCAGCAGCCAUAGCUACAACAUCAACGGAACAGGGCACAGCAAGCGCAGCCUCGGUAGCCAGGUGCUCGUGUGUCAGUUCACACAUGCCUGUGCUGUUGCGCAGUGAUCCCCUCUGGCAACAGGAACAACAGCACCAGCAACGGGAGCAGCGGGAAGUGGCAGCGCGUCUUGUACCCGUGUUGCAGCAGCGGACGUUGCUGCUCUGUUGCACAGAGGGCAGUCCUGCUUCACAGGGAAAACAGCAACUGCAGCUGCGUAGCGUGUUCUCACGAGGUGAUACUGAAGAGCAUACAGGAGCAGUCGCAUCAGCACCAGCUGUGGCUGCACUUUUUGAGGAGACGCAAGCUCGCAGUCGGCAGACGGAGCCGGUAACGGCAUCAGCUGACGAGGCCUCUCCACCUCGUGGAACUAUGGACGCUGCAGGAGCUGCUGGUUUUAGUGAGCCAAUUCCAGUACCUGGUUCUGAUUCCCAUGUUAAAAGCCUGCCAUCAGCGUCUGGAGGAGGACAGCAGCAAGCGGAACUGCGAAAAGAACAGGCCGAGUACAUGGGUGCAUUUUCAGGGUCUAAUGAGGCCCGCAGAGAGCGGGGGCAGAAAUUUAAAGCACAAGAGGAGUUACAGGGGAAAAUGCAGCGCAGCGAGCAGGAAGGGGACCAGAAACAUUUGGAACUCUUUUCAAGGUGGGGAGGACAGCUUGUUUCUUGGACAUGGAGGCGUUCCUGCAUGCGACAGCAGCAGUCUCCAAGGCCCGAAGUAGCAGUUACAGAAUCAUCAGGAGUAGCCGCUGCUGCUCAUUGCUACAGGCCCCAUACUUCGACAUCACUGGCGCUGCAGUUGUUGCUGUUGCUGUUGCCUCGCGACAUGGUCUUGCGCCUCCUUGCUGACCGAGACCUCAUGCAUUGCCAGCAGCCCCUACCACAGCAACAACGGGCGCAAAAAGAGCAAUCUCAAAGUUGCAAGAAACAAGUAGAUCUACCCCGUGUUAGUGUUUCGAGUCCUGCGGCACGAACGGCUUCCAAAAUGGGCAGCUGCACUGCUUCGAUGGUGCAUUCAAAUGGUGAUUUCAAGAGUAGGGAGACAUGCGACGCGCGCCUUUCGAACGGCGGGUCUUCCUAUGCUUUAAAGGCAGUGAGAAUGGCCGGCAGCCACGGACACGAGCACCAACUAGACCCUUUAAAAUUGUCCAAGUUCUAUGGGGGCGUGCCCUCUCAGCAGUCAUCGGGGGAUCCCUACAGUCAACUGGUCCCGCGGCAGCAGUUCCUCCAAAAUGAGAGCCAGCGUAACACAGACACAAGCACAGCUUCGCAGCAGGAGGAGGAACGCUGGCAGAAACUGCAAGAACAACAAAAUGCAGCACCGCAAGAACAGCGGCAGCAAGAACAGCAGCAGCAACAACUGCGAGAAAGCGAGGUUCAGGAAAAGCAAGACAGUCAUAGCGCUGCGUCACUAGCAACUGCUACCGUGAAGCAGCAUACAUAUGUGGAUGCACAGGGAGCGUCAUCUGCAGUUGGGGGUGUUCCGGGGACACCUCGGCUCUAUGGCCGGGGAUUCGUGCAAGGUGGUCAGCUCCCUGCGUCCUUUCUGCGCUUACACUUUAAUUUCGCGUCACUUGAUGCCGGCGCUCGGAUUAUCGCUUCUAGUGGCGGGAUGCAGCACAUCAAAGCGGUCCAGCGCCCCGACGCUGACACGUACAUGCUGGUGCCUUGCUACUUGCCGUCCAAGUACUUCGUCCUGUCAUUUUCCGAGACCCUGAAGAUAGACUUCGUGGUAGUUCAAUCCUUUGAGAUCUACGCAAAUGCCUUCUGGCACAUUCAGCUUCUUGGGGCAGACACGUACCCGACACGACAGUGGCGCCUCAUUGCUAACCUUGAAACUGCAGCAGAUGUUUCCUCCGAGCUCUUUGACCUCAAAUCUGAAUGUGCAGCCCUUGGAAGCUGCUGGGCAAAGUUUCUUAAGGUUCGUCUGCUAACCCACCAUGAUGAGGGGCCUCACUACUAUUGUUCGCUUACUUCUUUUCAGGUUUUCGGUGCCACGGGCGUGCAGUUUCUGGAAACACAAAUUCAUGAUGAGUUUGGUGGUACCACACAGAAGAUUGGAGUGGAAGCAUCUGAGGUAUUGCCAGCGUCGAACGGACCUGCUGGCGUUGCCACAUUUACUGCCGAUUCCGCAUCUGCCGCUUCUCUCGUGCUUGAUGCUAAGGACACCAGAGGCAGCAUAACGGCUUCCCCCAAUGUACAGCCACACCAUAAUGGCGCUCACGAGGGACUUGCUCUGCGACCAGGAAAAUUGGCUUCUGCUCCAUUGCCUCCGGGCUUUCAGAGAAAACCGCCACCGCGGAAUCCGUUACAGCAUGGACGGCGCAAACCAGCUGCAGGAGCCCCACAGCAAGAACAAAGGAUGCAAGGUGGCUUUCCCAUCGCUAGCGCAUCGGAAUUUCUGUCACAGCGUUGCUCUUCCUCAAAAGAAGCUACUGCUGCUUCGGUGACGCAAGGCCGCCGCCCAGCUGACAGCAAUGUAAGGGACGACGCUUCUGGUGACAGGCGACCAUCAUACCAAGAGCAGGAGCGAGGGAAUCUUGAUAGAGCAAUAAGUGUUGGUGCCUUGUUGGACCCAACGCCGGCCGCUGCGCCUGUUGCUGCUACCCCCGCAGAUACUGAGGCGGGUUUCAUAGGCAACAAUGCAGCGCAGAAGUAUGAGCUGCAGCGUAAUCUGCCCCUAUCGGAAGAGGGAAGUACUGACAUUAAUGGCAGAAGCAGGUGGAUAGCCGACAACCCGGUUUUCGAACCGACAACUAUCCGCUUCUUCUGUUCACACCAUGGGGUAAAUGCAGAAACAGCUGCACCUACCAGCGUUCCUGUUCCUGUGAAGAAAAUGAACAAGACUCCUCCAGGUCACCAUACAAACAGUAAUGGCAGCCAGAGCGGCAAAGACCAGUACUACGCAGACGCGGCAACGGAGGCGCUGCAGCAUGCAGCUGCAUACGCUCGUACGUUUCUUGUGAGCGCCCUGAAACAGCAGCAACAGCCGCAACAACUUCAACGGAGUCCGAUUAGCACCGCAUUCAUGCAAUACCUUAUGAAGACCACUCCGGGCAACUCAGAUCUGCAGACGGAAAUACUUGAAGUGCUAUCACAGCUACUGCAGCCACCGAAAAUCGAAACAAGUUCGAAAAGCGGAGGUGCCAGUAGGGAAAAUGCAAGAGGCGGUGCCGCGUCGCCACCAGUCGUAGGACCUCGCGAUACGAAGGGCGAGCAUGUACUGGUAAUGCUGUUGGAGAGGAUGAAAUCUUUGGAGGGCGAGACAGCUGCAUUCAGAUCCGCGUGCGCUCACAUGUGGUACCGCUGGUCUGCUGAGCGGCAGAAACAACUGCAGUUACAGCACGAGCAGCUGUUGCAUCUCACACUCUUAGUCCAACUGCAGCAGCAAGUCGGGUUUUUCCUGUUUGAACGUCUGGGUGCGUUUGAUGGACUGAUUCCCCACGUUAGCCCCUUGGUACAAUUGCUAGAUGAAUCCGAGUCUAGCACCUCAACAACGGCGACAGCUUCACAGAAAGGCAGAAUGAUUCGCGGCACAGACAGUGACAGUCGCGCUACAAAUGACCAGCAGAUUGAUGCGCGCUGCGACUUGAUGGACGGCAGCACAGGCGUUUGCACAAAUCGGCAACCGCAGAAAGAACAGCAGCAGCAGCAGUACGGCGAUUUUGCUGAACAUGCUGGGGGUGGAUGGCUGUGGAGUGCAGCGGAGCAGUUGCUCCAGCCACUGGAGAUGUUGUGGCAGUGGCUAGUGCUGCCUCUGAUAAGGUGGGGAAGCAACGCGAUUUGCUUCGCGGGCUUUGCUGCAGAGCUAGUGAGAAGUUCGCUUUGCAGUAAUCCUGAGUCGGUGCUUCUGCAGCAGAGCUGCGCAGCAGUGUCUUGGGUCUACCGUGCAGCUGCGUCCGUCGCACUAACUUUCGUUAACACGCUGACAAAUAGCGCUGAUUUUGCGUGUCGAGGCGUUUCGUUCUCUCUUGCUCAAGCAGCAUUGACAUGGAAUCGGCUAUCUUCUGUGAUGAAACAUGUGCCUCAACUACUGCCUCUCGACUGGUCCACCGAGAGAAACGAAUGCAGCAGCAGCUACUGGGGUCGAAGACUUUUGACGCUUCAGGAUCGGGGUAUUCAGCAGUCUCCAGAUACUUUUGCGGCGAUGCCUGUGUUAUUGCUCUUAAGUUUUUUGUUGGCCAUUGGUGGCGCGCUCUUCUGGCGAAUGCGGCAUGGGCAGCGAGUUGCUGCUGCAGCUGCUGGCGAGUGCGCUCUGCUGCGCCGUUCCUUCGAGCUGUUGCAACAGCAGCACCACAUGCUGCUGAGUCAGCUUGAAAAAUAUGAAAGGGAACAGCAGCUCUUACUGCUCCUGACGGCAAGCAACCACAGUGUCAGGUCCUCCCGUUUACUUGUGCAUCGUAGUAAACAUGAAGGAAGUGGUACGGAGUUUCUUCCACGGCAACCAGGUGGGCAUAAUGACAGCGUCAUAAGGCUGGAAAAUUUUCCUGGCACAGCAGGCAGCGCAGCUGUUCAGCGACUUCCAGCUGUCACAGACACUGCGGAUCCGUUUGAAUGCUCAAUUAAGAGCGAUACCCAGGAGACUAUGGUCAAACGAGCAGACCCUGCUCCGUCAUUGCUGCGUCGGCUCUCUACUUCAUUGGCCCCGAGAGUGUUUCUCGGACUUUCACGCAAUGCACCAGGCGCGCCUCACGUGGCGGCCGCAGCUCGUGAAAAGGAAGAGAACUACAGACAGACAGCCAACGCUGCUGUAUUGCAUACUUCUGGUCAGGAUGGUGAAGUAGUGCAGCCUCAGCUUAGAAUUGUCCAGCAGCAAGAGGGCGAAUGCGGGCCGCAGCUCCUUAUUCAAAAAGAACAGCAAUUUCAGCAAGACCAACAACCGCAGACGACUGCAGCGACGUUGUUGCCAACGCUUGAUACAAGAGCUAUCAGGAGUCUCAAGCUUCAGCGCCACACAUUACGGCAGCGGCGCCUUGGAGGUGCCACAACACCCGUGGCUUCUCCCGCUGCUGCAGUUGCAGCAGACGGAGAACAUGUUUUGCUGCCUACAUUCAAUGCUGGCACAGAAGUUUGUUUACGCACGCGGGAUCCUUACGUCUCCUCCGGAGCGGAAGUUGCUGGAGUUGCAGCUUUAUCUGGAGCGCCUUCUCGUAGCAGCAGCAGCAGGAGCAGCAGCGUUUGCAGCACGAGCAGUAAUCUUCAAGGGGCUGCAAGUACACUUUUUAAGUCUUUGUGGGCAUCGCAGCUUCCACAUCGCGGGCUGUUGCCGCACAUGUGUCUUACGCUGCAGCCCACACAACGACAAAGAGGGAAACGAGUCCUUGCUGGGCAUCAAGGCUGCGAGAAUCCGGACGGGAGGGCAUCCAGCGCUAGCGGGGGCAGUGGGAGCAGCAUCGGCUUUGGUGAGCCACUUGCAGAGGCGACGUCCUUUCAGCACCACUCUAGCUGCAGUUUGCCUGUUCGCACCAUGGUUUCAGCUAUUAGAGAAACUGCUGCGGAAUCAGGUGAUCCAUUUGAUUCUAUAGCAGGAAGAAGAGCUGAGACUACGGCUUCGUGCAAUUGGGGACACAUCAGUAUCAAGAGCACCACGAGCAGUAACUUUGCCGACGCCAUUUCUAGCAGGGACCCCAAUCUGGAGUCAAAUCAACUGCAGCAGCAAGCCAAUCCAUGUGGCAGAAGUUGUACAGACAUGAGGACGCUGACUAGCGCGCUGCCUCACCUUGGUGCAGCCCCUGAAGCAACGCUUUCCUCGCCGUUGCUUCGAGAAGAGCCAGGCAGGCCAGGCCCUGCCAGGCAAGGUGAGCACUUCAGCUAUAUGGUAUCUUCACGAGAAAGCCAGGCCGCUGCUAAUGCUCCAUUGCACACCGAUGCUGCUGUCGAGAUACCUGAGACCCAACCCGAACCGGUGAAACUGUCGCAUGCGCCAGCGGUUGGUGCUUCCAAUGCGCGGCGUGAUGGCCGCCGACGCAGGAAAAGGCGUGGGGCUUCGUAA